AUGGGAAAUCCAAAGAAGAGCCAUAUGCUGGCUGCCAAACGCAUAUUAAGAUACAUUAAAGGGACUGCUAACUAUGGAUUUCUGUUUCCAUAUGGUUUGCGGGAGGAUGAACUGAAGUUUAUUGGUUAUGCUGAUUUUGAUUAUGGUGCAAAUCAUGUUGAGAGGAAAAGCACAUCUAGGAACAUAUUUUUCCUAAAUGAAGCACCUAUUUCGUGGUGCUCUAAGAAGCAAUCUGUUGUUGCUUUAUCAAGUUGUGAAGAAGAAUACAUACCUAGAUGUUAUGCAGCGUGUCAAGGAAUUUGGUUAAGUUAG